UGCUUAUUUGUUUACUUAGUAAUAUUUAGUAUUCUUUUGGGUAUGAAGAGCUGCGUGGUGUGAAGGUUAGUUCUGUGAUUUGACACCUCCUGGGCAGUUGGGGGCUAACAGGAAUUGGGUCAUGGUUUCUGGCACCCGGCCACCAUUUUGUUUCCUGCUGCGGUGUAGAGUGGGAGGGGUUUUGUACGAAUUGGAACAGUGGUUGGCUGGCAUGGGAAGGGCGAAGUGCAGGUGGGCCAGGCUUUUCUGCUCUUACUGCCUUUCCCCCUUUGAUUCACUUUCUUUGGCUUUGUCUUGUUCUCAUUGUUUCCUUGGCUUGUUUUCUUUCUGUCCAAGUCUCUCUCUUUUUUUCCUUGCUCUUCAUUUUGGGUGCGUGUUUGAGUUGUCCGCACUUAUUUAGUCUCCAUCAGGAAGAAGUACCUCAGACAUUCAUCGGCCUCUAAAUAGCCAUUCUUCCCGGACUCAUGAAAAAACUUGAGGAACUGGUUAUGACAACUCACCUCCAUAGCAAUGGCCAGCCUUCAGCUCCUCCAGAGCCCCCCGCUGCUCCCCCUGCUGCUCAGGCUUCACUCAUGAAGACGAACAGGGAGCCCGACCUCAUGGAAGAGGAUGGCCCUGAGGAGAAUGGGGUCAUCCAGACGCAGUACAGUGCCAUCUCCCCCCCGGCCUCCCCCGUGGCGCAGGAUGAGCCCUUCUCCACCUACUUCGAGGAGAAGGUGCCCAUCCCUGAUGAUGCCACCCAGUUUUUCAGUUUCCGGAAGCUCUGGGCCUUCACUGGGCCUGGUUUCCUGAUGAGCAUCGCAUACCUGGAUCCAGGGAACAUCGAGUCCGACCUGCAGUCUGGAGCUAAAGCUGGUUUUAAGCUCCUGUGGAUACUCCUGGGAGCCACCAUUAUUGGUCUGCUGCUGCAGCGCUUGGCAGCUCGCCUGGGUGUUGUCACAGGAAUGCAUCUCGCAGAAGUCUGCAACCGACAAUACCCUACAGUCCCCCGUAUCAUCUUGUGGCUGAUGGUGGAGCUGGCCAUCAUCGGCUCCGACAUGCAGGAGGUCAUCGGCUGCGCCAUCGCUUUCAACCUGCUCUCUGUCGGCAGGAUACCUCUGUGGGGCGGUGUUCUCAUCACCAUCAUCGACACAUUUGUGUUCCUCUUUCUUGAUAAAUAUGGUUUAAGGAAACUAGAGGCUUUCUUUGGCGUCCUCAUCACGAUCAUGGCUGUCAGCUUCGGAUAUGAGUACGUGAUGGUGGCGCCUGACCAGGGCGAGGUGCUGAAGGGCAUGUUCGUGCCCUACUGCGCCGGCUGCGGGUCGCCUCAGCUGCUGCAGGCCGUGGGCAUCGUGGGAGCCGUCAUAAUGCCCCAUAACAUCUACCUGCACUCUGCGCUCGUCAAGUCGAGGCAGGUGGAUCGUGGGAACAAGAAUGAGGUGAAGGAGGCCAACAAGUACUUCUUCAUCGAGUCCGCCAUUGCCCUCUUUGUUUCUUUCCUCAUCAACGUUUUUGUUGUGGCUGUUUUCGCCGAGGCUUUCUACGACAAGACAAACAUGCAAGUGGCCGAGAAAUGCAAUGAGACAGGCAGUCCUCACACUGACCUCUUCCCCCUCAACAACGAAACACUUCAGGUGGACAUCUACAAAGGGGGGGUGGUCCUGGGUUGUUUCUUUGGGCCAGCUGCUUUGUACAUUUGGGCCAUAGGGAUCCUAGCUGCUGGGCAGAGCUCCACCAUGACGGGAACUUACUCUGGCCAAUUCGUCAUGGAGGGUUUCCUUAACCUGCGCUGGUCCCGUUUUGCUCGGGUGCUGCUGACGCGCUCCAUCGCCAUCACUCCCACACUGCUGGUGGCUAUCUUUCAGGAUGUGCAUCGCCUGACGGGCAUGAACGACUUCCUCAACGUGCUGCAAAGCAUGCAGCUGCCGUUUGCGUUGAUCCCCAUCCUGACCUUCACCAGCCUUCAGUCCAUCAUGAACGACUUCGCCAACGGCCUGUUUUGGAAGAUUGGCGGUGGUGUGGUCAUCUUGGUGGUGUGUGCCAUCAAUAUGUACUUUGUGGUGGUGUACGUCACGGCACUCAACAGUGUCGCCCUCUACGUCCUCUCUGCCCUGAUGUCCAUUGCGUACCUGAGCUUCGUAGGCUACCUGGCGUGGCACUGUCUGAUCGCUCUGGGUGUUCCGUGUCCAGGCUUCGGCAGCAGGGUAAGGAACCCGCCAGCGGUUCUCAUAGAGGAAGAGCCUGAGUUUGACACUUAGAACUGAGCGUGUGUUUCAUUUAUACAAAGUAACCUGAGGUCUUCUCUUAGAAUCCAGGGGAAGCUCCUGUCUUAGGCUGUGAAGGGUUAUUUAAGCCCAAUGGCAGCUCUUUGAGGCUGUAUAUUUUGCACUGAAAUAGCUGUGGGAGGAGCUCACCACGCCCCCAAGAGACCGAUUAAGGAACUGCACCCUCACUAAGAUAAAUGGCAGCUUUUGUCCCAGUAACUCCUCAAAGCUGUGGAACCAUUUUUUACCUUAAUUCGUUAAAAUUGUCAAAAAACAGUAAAUUGAACUGAAAUAUACUGAUGUUUUACACCAUGUUAGACUGGGGCAGAAGGAUCUACUUCAAAUGUCAGGAAUUGGCAGUUGGUAUGACUGGGGAUAGUGACCAAAACAUGCCCAAUUGGAAAGUAAACAUGUGUGUCCUUAUUUUUUUCCAAAGUUUUAGCCCCACCUUUUUUUUUAUAUCAAAGACAUCAAUGCACGGCAAAGCUACAAAAUAAGUUCUUCUGUAUAGACAAGCUUUUUCACAAGUUCUUUCACAUAGUGGAGGACCAAAGUCAAAUCCUAAUGGAGGCAAUGUUUAUUUGUAAUUAUGCGUGUUUGAUAAUAUUCAAACUCUUCCCACAUGACUCAGAAUGAAGUGUGAUGGCGUUGCUUAUUUUGACACCCGUCACUGAGCCUUGUGUUCCACAAAAGCACGAUAGACUCCACAUAUUAUGUGCAUAUCGCACAAGAUGACAAACCUCCAUAGAGGAAUUAGUCCAUGUAAACCAGCUACGUUUAAGCUUUCUUGUAUAUGUCCUGUGCCUUUCUAUUCAUUGCUUCCUGAACUGCAUACAACGGCAUAUUUAUGUAUCCAGAAUUUGGGUUAACUGUUAAAUUGUCCCGGACAAUUUGACCCGGAACGCACACAAGUUUUCACGAUUCCGUUACCUUGUUACCUUUCUCCUGUGUCAUAAUCUUAUACUCCUGGAGAGAAAUCCUAGUAUUAGUCAGUCUAAGUCUGAAGAAGACAAAUAUUCUAUGGUACUAUAUGGUACUUUUCAUCUGAGGAUUUAGAGGUGUACAAUUUUAUUUUACUACCUGAACUCAUAUUAUGAGUGUUCAUACCAAGUUGAAAGAAGCCAUGAAAGGGUUAUUGUCAUGUGCAUUAACAUAUGCACUAGCUGCUAAGCUCAGUGCUGUACUCUGUGAAUCACACAGGUAAAGUACAGUACCAUGUCUAAGUUCUCCCAUUGUUGCCAUUGAGUUUUAAAUGUUAUGUCUAAAAUAUUGACUACAUAAUGUUUUUGGGGCAGAUUUUUAAUGAUUUUCAUACAGUUACAGAAAAUGGCACAGUCGUCAUCGGUACAGAUUGAAUGUUGUUUCAGACUAGUGUAAAAUGUGAUGUAUCCUUAACUGGAUUACUGUUUAGGAGACUUUCUGAACAACGACGAGCUCUGUGGAAGAGAUGAACUUCAUUUAUUUUCUCUAUUGCAUUUGAAGUUUAUCUUGACCACAUCACCAAGUAAUAUGGGCUUUGCACCUGCAAUCUUCAUUUGCCUUCAGUCUUUCCAACCUUCCAAUCUGAGUUUCUUGAACCCAACGUGGUCUCUCAAGGGGCUGGUCUACUACUGUUAUUUCUCCCUGGUGAUGGCAAAUUCCUUUUUUUUUUUUUUUUUCAGUUUACUGUGUUUAUAUCAAAUUCUAACAUCUUGUCAUUCAUGGAUUCUAGAAGCACUGCUGAUUUCUGUGGAAUAUCUGAUAAUCCAUUUGGAAUACACUUUGUGUUAAAUGUAACAUGUCCCGUGUUGCUGUUCAUAUUGUAUUUUAAUAGAUAACCAAUGUGUCUAUAUUCACAUCUCCUUCUGUUGAAUAUGGCAGCAUAAUGAUAAACAAAGACGGACAUCUUGGUUUUGAGUUUUAACUUGAAACAUGUACGAGCAUAAGACUAAUGUGUAGCUGUGCGUGUCUUCUUUCUGCUGAAUGAAAAUGUGUUCCAAAAAUAAAUGACAAAGUAAACCAGGA